GAUGAGCCGCGGCGCAGCAUCUGAAGGUUUUCUUCUUCUUCAUCUUCGUCUCGUCGUCUUUUUUUUCUUUCUUUUUUUUCUCUUUUCCCUCGCGCCUUCAAUCAAUCGCAUUUUGCAGGGUUCCUGCAAGUUCUGCUGUAGCAGAUUCCAAGGUGAAAGGUUCAGGUUGUUGAACUUUCUUUCAUGUUUGAACAGGCAAUUAUCCAUUUGGGACCAAUUGAGUUGUUGCUUGGAGAGUGUUUUUCUCCUUCUAGAAAAAAACAUAAGGCCUUGCCUACGAGACCGAGCUGUAUGCGCUGUGAGACGUACCAGGAACACCCUAACCUUUGUUGUUGUUCUUGGCAGCCUUCACUAGUUGCGCAACGGUGGUCUUCCUGAUUACAAGCAGCAAGUCAUCAUUGCAGAUUACAACCUGAGGCGUCUGUUGUGAUUGUUUUUGUCUUUGGAACUUUUCUUGUUUAAGUCAUUAUGGCCUUACAGAACAUUGGUGCUGCAAAUAGUGAUGAUGCCUUCUAUAGGUAUAAGAUGCCUAGAAUGAUUACCAAAAUUGAGGGUAGAGGGAAUGGCAUCAAAACAAAUGUUGUCAACAUGGUUGACAUUGCCAAGGCAUUGGCAAGGCCACCCUCUUACACUACCAAGUACUUUGGGUGUGAACUUGGAGCCCAAUCGAAAUUCGAUGAGAAAGCUGGGACUUCUCAUGUUAAUGGGGCACAUGACACUGCAAAACUUGCUGGUCUUCUUGAGAUCUUCAUCAAGAAAUAUGUCCAGUGUUAUGGUUGUGGAAACCCGGAAACUGAGAUAUUAAUUACUAAGAACCAAAUGGUCCAGCUGAAAUGUGCUGCUUGUGGUUUUGUGUCAGAUGUGGAUAUGAGAGAUAAGCUUACUUCAUUUAUUAUAAAAAACCCUCCUGAAACAAAGAAAGGAUCCAAAGACAAGAAGGCAAUGAGGAGAGCUGAGAAGGAAAGACUGAAGGAAGGUGAAGCAGCUGAUGAGGAAAUGAAGAAAAUAAAGAAAGAAUCUAAGAAAAAGGGCUCGUCUACUACAAAGGAUGAGACCACAAAAUUGAACUCUACAAAGAAGAAAGCCAGUGGCUCUGAUGAAGAUCGUCAAUCUCCAGCCCACAUUCAAGUUGAUGAGAAAGAAGAGGCUCCGGAUGAAGAUGAUGAUGAAGUACAAUGGCAAACAGACACGUCAUUAGAGGCUGCUCGGCAACGUAUCCAAGAACAGCUAAGUGCUGUAACAGCUGAUAUGGUAAUGCUCUCCACAGAUGAGCCAGAGAAGAAGGAAAAGGGAGCAAGUAAGAAAAGUGAUGGUUCUGAAAAUGGUAAUUCAAUGCACUACAGUAAACUGGUUGGAGAAGUGAAGGCAAUCUUGAACAAAGGUAUCGCGGCAAAUGAAUUGCAGUCCCAUAUGGCAGCUCUUCCUGCACCAGCACAAGAAAAGAUCAGUGCUCUGUUUGAGGUCUUAUUUGAGGGUACUGAGAAAGGGUUUGCCAAAGAAGUCGCCAAGAAGAAGCGCUACCUUGCUGCUGCAGUUUCUGUGGGGGAGGGAUCACAGCUACAAUUGCUUCGUGCAAUUGAGGCUUUCUGCUUAAAGUCCACUUCCAAUGCUUUGAAGGAAAUUGCCAUUGUUUUGAAGGCACUCUAUGAUGCUGAUGUGUUGGAGGAAGAGUACAUAGUGCAGUGGUUUCAAGAAGGGCUGAAGGGUGAUAAUAAGGACUCCCAGAUAUGGAAGAAUGCCAAACCUUUGAUUGACUGGCUUCAAAGUGCGGAAUCAGAAUCAGAGGAAGAAUAAUGUGCACGAAUAGUCUUUCGUUUAUGUUUCUUUACUUGUCUAGUAUUUGAUCCCUUGUUUUGUGUUGCUGAGCGUUGUUCCGUGUCCCUGUUUGUCUGGACUUGAGUAACAACAUUAAGAGUAUACUCUAGAGUUUUUUGUGGUAUCAUCAUAUUUUGUUUUCGUUGCCUAUGAAUGCAUUUUCAACUCUACUUAUCCUUGCAGAACAA